GUUGCGUCAGCUUUUGGUGGUUUGCAAAAAGCUACAAGGAAUUGAAGUGGACAAUCAUGGGCCAGACUGGAAAGAAAUCCGAUAAGGGAUCAGUUUGUUGGCGGAAGCGCGUAAAAUCUGAAUACAUAAGACUGAGGCAGCUCAAGAGGUUCAGACGAGCUGAUGAAGUAAAGAGUAUGUUUAAUUCUAAUCGGCAGAAGAUUCUAGAAAGGACAGAAAUCUUAAACCAAGAAUGGAAACAGCGAAGGAUACAGCCUGUACACAUCAUGACUUCUGUGAGCUCAUUGCGCGGGACCAGGGAGUGUUCUGUGACCAGUGAUUUGGAUUUUCCAAAGCAAGUCAUCCCAUUAAAGACUUUGAAUGCUGUUGCUUAAGUACCUAUAAUGUAUUCUUGGUCUCCCCUACAGCAGAAUUUUAUGGUGGAAAUGAGAGUUUUACAUAACAUUCCUUAUAUGGGGGAUGAAGUCCUUGAUCAGGAUGGAACUUUCAUUGAAGAAUUAAUUAAAAAUUAUGAUGGGAAAAUACAUGGAGAUAGAGAAUGUGGGUUUAUAAAUGAUGAGAUUUUUGUGGAGUUGGUGAAUGCUCUUGGUCAAUACAGUGAUGAUGAAGAUGAUGAUGAUGGGGAUGAUCCUAAUUUGAGAGAUGAAAAACAAAAAGAUUUAGAGGAUAACAGAGAUGAUGAUAAAGAAAGCCACCCACCUCGGAAAUUUCCUUCUGACAAGAUUUUUGAAGCCAUUUCCUCAAUGUUUCCUGAUAAGGGAACAUCAGAAGAGCUAAAGGAGAAGUACAAAGAACUAACAGAGCAGCAACUUCCGGGAGCCCUUCCUCCUGAAUGUACACCAAACAUAGAUGGACCAAAUGCUAAGUCCGUUCAGAGGGAGCAAAGCCUGCACUCAUUUCAUACUCUCUUCUGCAGGUGCUGCUUUAAAUAUGACUGUUUCUUAUAUCCAUUCCAUGCAACACCCAACACUUAUAAGCGGAAGAACACAGAAACAGCACUAGAUAAUAAAUCUUGUAGACCACACUGUUACCAGCAUUUGGAAGGGGCAAAAGAGUUUGCUGCUGCUCUCACUGCAGAGCGAAUCAAGACCCUGCCUAAGCGCCCAGGAGGUCGUCGAAGAGGAAGGCUUCCAAAUAACAGCAGUAGACCCAGCACACCAACUAUUAACAUGCUGGAAUCAAAGGAUACAGACAGUGAUAGGGAAGCUGGGACUGAAACAGGGGGAGAAAAUAAUGAUAAGGAGGAGGAAGAAAAGAAAGAUGAAACUUCCAGCUCUUCUGAGGCAAACUCCAGGUGUCAAACGCCAAUAAAAAUGAAGCCAAAUAUUGAACUUCCUGAGAAUGUGGAAUGGAGUGGUGCUGAAGCCUCAAUGUUCAGAGUUCUUAUUGGCACUUACUAUGAUAAUUUUUGUGCCAUUGCUAGGUUGAUUGGGACCAAAACAUGUAGACAGGUCUAUGAGUUUAGAGUAAAAGAAUCUAGUAUUAUAGCUCCAAUUCCUGCUGAGGAUGUUGAUACGCCUCCAAGAAAGAAAAAAAGGAAACACCGGUUGUGGGCUGCACAUUGCAGAAAGACACAACUGAAAAAGGAUGGCUCCUCUAACCAUGUUUACAACUAUCAACCCUGUGAUCAUCCACAUCAGCCUUGUGACAGUUCUUGCCCAUGCGUGAUUGCUCAAAACUUUUGUGAGAAGUUUUGUCAGUGUAGCUCAGAAUGCCAAAACCGAUUCCCUGGGUGCCACUGUAAAGCACACUGCAACACUAAACAGUGCCCUUGCUAUCUGGCUGUGCGUGAGUGUGAUCCAGACCUCUGUCUCACAUGUGGGGCUGCGGAUCCCUGGGACAGCAAAAACGUGUCCUGCAAGAACUGUAGCAUACAGAGAGGAUCCAAAAAGCAUUUACUGUUGGCACUAUCUGAUGUGGCAGGUUGGGGAAUUUUCAUCAAAGAUCCUGUGCAAAAGAAUGAAUUCAUCUCUGAAUACUGUGGUGAGAUCAUUUCUCAGGAUGAGGCUGACAGAAGAGGAAAAGUUUAUGAUAAGUACAUGUGCAGCUUUCUCUUCAACUUGAAUAACAAUUUUGUGGUGGAUGCAACUCGUAAGGGUAACAAAAUUCGUUUUGCAAAUCAUUCAGUAAAUCCCAACUGCCAUGCAAAAGUUAUGAUGGUUAACGGUGAUCACAGGAUAGGUAUUUUUUCUAAGAGAGCCAUCCAGACUGGUGAAGAGCUGUUUUUUGACUACAGAUAUAGCCAGGCUGAUGCCCUGAAGUAUGUGGGCAUUGAAAGAGAAAUGGAAAUCCCUUGAUAUCAUCAGCUACCUCCUCUUUAAAACAGCUGCCUUAUUUUCAGGAAUUUCUAGUACUGUGGGCAAUUUUAGACAAAUAAAAUGCAAUUUGAAAUUCUGAAUUUGCAAAGUACUGUAAGAGUAAUUUA